AUGAAGCUGAACCCUGGAGGAGUCAGCAGAUUUGGGGAGAUCAUAAUUGUUCGCAAUUUUACUUGCACUUUGAAAGUUAUUUCUGUCGAUGACAAGGCUGAUGGUUCCAGUGGUGCUGGGGAAGCUAGUAAACCUGCAGAGAUGCCUACGCAGAGAAGAAAACGGAUCUCCACCAUGCCAAAUCUUGUCAAACCCAGAGCUGGACCUUCAUCUGCUCAGCGUUCUGCACCAAGACUGCAGAGGCGAACAUCACAGGCUCCUGAUGGCGGUGUUUCAUUUCAGAAGGAUUCCCCCACACCAGAAAAGAGUAGUGUUGAGAGCUCUUUAAAGUCUCCCGUGCUUCCUGAGAAGAAAACACCUGUGCCACAAGUGCCACAGUUUUCACCGCUAAAGAAAUCGGUGAAUAAAGAGCAAACUGUAGGUGUGGCUGCUCAGAAAAAUGAUGACAGUUUGCAGAAGAAUGUACCCUCUCCCCUCAAGGAGAGACCAACACAGGAGAGAUCAGAAACACAGGAGGAAAAGCUUCCUAUGAAACCUUCUCCUGAAAAAGAAAAACGAACGUGUUCCGACCGUGAAAGGAUCCUCAAAGCUCGGAAGUUAAGAGAAAUGCUUAAAGAAGAGCUGAAGAAAGAGCGGAUGAAGUUGAAACACAGGCCCCCAAUAAUCGAAGGGCGUUCUCCACCAGAUCGUUCUAAGAUGACCAUGAGAGACUUGAUAUACUAUCUGCCAGAAAACAAUCCUAUGAAGUCUUCACUGGCAGAAGAAAAGAGAACAGAAAAAAAUUCUGCGCUGAGUCAACUGAGAGGGCAGGAGGAGAAAAGUACUCUUGGUCAUGAAGAAGAGGAGGAGGAAGAAGAAGAAAAUGGGGAGGAGAGUCAGGAUGGCCCACUUCUAGUUCCUCGUGUGAAAGUGGCAGAAGAUGGUUCGAUUAUUCUGGAUGAAGAAAGCUUAACUGUAGAAGUUCUAAGAACAAAAGGUCCAUGUGUUGUGGAAGAAAAUGAUCCCAUCUUUGAGCGUGGCUCUACAACUACAUAUUCCAGCUUCAGGAAAAGUUUUUACACAAAACCGUGGUCAAAUAAAGAAACAGAUAUGUUCUUUUUAGCUAUCAGCAUGGUAGGAACAGACUUCUCCUUGAUUGGACGGCUGUUUCCUCAUAGAGCCAGAGCAGAAAUCAAGAACAAGUUCAAACGUGAGGAAAAAGCUAAUGGAUGGAGAAUAGACAAAGCUUUCAAAGAAAAACGACCCUUUGAUUUUGAAUUCUUUGCCCAACUGCUUGAGAAGGUCUUAGCAGAUGAGGAAAAGAGGAAACAAAAGACUGUUAAAAGCCAGAAGCCAAAGGAAAGGAAGUCACCAAGGCCUCGGAAGAAGUCAAAAGCAAAAGCUGCCAGCACAGGAGCUGCUGAUGAUCAAGAUGAACUUCAGGAAGCCAGAAUUUCUGAUGAAGAAACAGAAGCAGACGGUGUGACGGCUGAGAAAGAAAAUGAGGAAUCUCUGGGCAUUUCUGAACAGGCAGAAGAACAGGUUGCGUUAGAAGCAUUAGCAAAAAAGAAGAGAAAGAAGAAGAGAAAAGAUGAUCUUGAAGAGGAGGUAGAGAAUAUUCCAGAAGAAAUGUCUGUCCCUUCAAAAAUUGCUGAAGAAGGGAAAUCCUCUAAUAAAAGGAAAAAAGUGGUACAUGAUACAAGCAAUGACAGUCAUACUACUUGUAGAGAAGAACUGGAUUGUGCUAUUGAAGGAAAACAAGAUGAAACUGCUGUCACAGAGGAAGAGAGAUCAGAGUCCUUUUUACCAGUGACCGACCAAAUGGAGAGAGAAGGUGGUGUUGAUUUAUGCAGCUUUGAAGAUGUCAACAGUGUUAUAUUAGAAACAGAAUCAGCUAAACCGAGAACCGGGGAUAUUAGAGACGAUACAUCACAGGAAAGCCAGAUUUCAGAGUUACCAGUUUCAAAGAUUAGAAGCCAAGAGAGGCAAUCUGAAGAAACUAGAGAAACAAAGAACAAAGACAUACAUCACUCACAUAGACCAGAUGAAAAGCAAAGUGCAUCAGAGCGUGGUUCUCAGUCUGAAAUCAUGAAAACUGAAAAAUCAGCAGACAGAAGGCGCUUGCAAAGACCUAAACCCAAUUUGAUGAGAUCAUCUGGAAGGAGGGAGACAGCAGCACAAGACAAAAUGGAGUCUGAAGCUUCCUCUCCAAACCCUGAGAAUACAGAAGAAAAGUGCUCUGAGGAGGACAGUAGAAGAAGAAACAGAAAUGAAGCCACAGAAGUGGAGAACAGAGAUUUGGGUAAUGAAUCUGAAGAACCUGAAAAAACUGCAGCUGUAAAGACAGUACUUAGAGGAUGUCGACAGAGAUUUAAACCUAAUAUUACAAGAGCAUCUGGAAGGAAAGAAGAGCCUGAAAAAGAUGCAGGAAAUGACAAAAUGUCCCAUCUACAGCUUAAGGGNNUUUCUGUUCAGAAUACUGACCAGAGUAAUAGGUCUGAUGUUACCAGUGAAGAAGCUGCAGAAAAAGAUGACCAAGUCCUGGCAACAGUGUCGCGGUCUAAUGAAACAGUGGGUUUACAAGAAGACAGCAAACGGAGUUUGCUGAAUCCUGCCCCUCUAAGGAGAGGCAGAGUACAGAGACCAAAACCAAAUCUAGGAAGAACUGUUGCAAGGCAAAAAGAACUGAGAGAUGAAAAAGAUCCUGAAGAGAAGACAAUUAAAGGUGGAGAAGUAGAAAAAGAUAUAAUGCACCACAGAGAUGAAAACAAUGAUCCCUGCCUCAAAAGUAAUUUGACAGUUCUUGAAGACACUCAGCCAUGCACUGUGAUGUUAGAAGGGGAUGUUUCUACAGAUUCUGAGACGAACUCAAAAUCUACAAGACAGUGUUUCCAAGAAAAGUCCUCAGAAGCAGAAAACUGUGAAAGUGAAAAGGGAUUGUCAGAUGCCUUGAAACAGGUUCCAGAUUUCAAUACAGGGGAAUCUCAUCCUCAGAAGGAAGAGGAGAAAACUGUUUUAUCAUCAGCUCGGCUACUUAGGAGUCGAUUCCAGAGACCAAAGCCAAAUUUAAGAAUGACAACUAAUAGAAAAGAAGUGCUGGAUAUAAAUAAUAAAGGUGUAUUACAAAAAGAUAUCAACAAGGAAGAAAGUUUGACAAAGUGUGACAGUGAAUGUAGUAUCCUUCCUGACACAGAUAAAACAGGAAAAUAUGAAGUCCUAAACCCACUAGAACCCUUGGGAAAGGAGAUGUCACUUCAUGUUCAGGAGAUUUCUGAGAGGCCAAGUUGUAAAUCCCCAAAAACAUCUUCAAGAUCAGAGGAUGGUGAACUUGAGUUGUGUCUACCUGAUAUUAACCAAGAUAUUUUAACUACUAACGCAGGCAAAAAUACCACUGAAGAAGAAAGUAAACAAAAACCUCCUCCACACAUCCAGUUAGUGCGGAGCAGUUUCCAGAGGUACAAGCCAAACGUGGUAAGAGCUGUUGGAAAGAAGGAGUUAAAAGUAUCAGAAAAUGAAAAGAAUAAAAAGCUUGAAGAAAAGCACUUAGUAUUGCAAAAAGAUGAGCUUGCCAGUACUGCCAUUGAUGAAAAUGAAGCUGUAUUGUGUCAAGCAGAUGUAUUGAGCAGAAAGGAACAGGAACAGCAAGAGGUGCCUCAGGUGCCCUCUAUUUCUGGAAACAUUUUAUGUGAACAAAGCAGUGCUGAAAAAUCUACCUCCCAAGAAGGCAAGCUGGGUGCUCAGAAACCAGGACAACUCACAAGGCUUGAAGCUCUAAGAACUGGACCAAACCUGGAAGAAGUAUAUAGCAAAAAAGAACCUCCAGUAGCACAAAAACUUGCUUCUCCAGAUGAGGAAGAAACGAAUAAAGGAGAAAAACUGUCUGUGGCAGAAGAAUCAGAAAAACCUCUCUCAACAGAUGACAUGGAGGUAUUGUUUGUGGGAGAUUUGGCCAAGAAUGACAAUCUAGACAUAAAUUCAAGAUGUAUGAAGUCAGAAAUGCUCUGUUCUUCUAAAAAGCCACCAAACAGCCACGACAACAGAGGGCAAGAAGAGUGUCCAUCUACAGAUGCUAUGGGAAGCAUUCUGGGUGCCACAGAAAGGUCCAAUGAUGAAUUAAGUUCUGGAGAAGAAAGUGAACAGAGAGCAAGGGAACUCUACGGGAUCCCAAGGUCAAACAUAAUGAGACUUACUAGAAAAAGGGAUUAUCCCAAAGAAAGUGAAAACAAAGAAGAGGGCAACACUGAGAAGAGAAAUGAAGAAGAAUGUUUGCUGUUAUUAAAAACAGGUGUAUCAAUGCAAAAUUCCAGUAACGUAGUGGAAGCUGCAUCCUUCUCAGAGUCUACAGAGAAACACAAUUUUACAGAGGAUGUUGAAGAAACAUCUUGUAAACGAACCAGGCAGGAUAUUACACUCCAGUCUCCAGAGAUAUCCUCAGAGUGUGAGAGUCAAGUAGAACAAGAUGAGGAUUUUCAGCUUUCUACCUCUGAGGAGAAACAAUCAGACAAUCUUACAAGAAGGCAGUUCAGGAGAUCAUCAGAACGGAUAGCACUGCCAAAACAUGUGUUGGAGCUAAGAACUACUACUUCUUCUGCCUCUGAAUGUGAGGCUGAUUGGAGUGAGAAGGGGAAUCAAAGGCAAGAAGCUAAACUGAGUGUUGCUAGAGGCAAAAGUUUGAAAACUAAACACAGAAAGAAAUCUGGGAAGGAACCCAGAAGUUCAAAGAUAACCUUCGUCACCCUCCGGGCUUCUCAAGAGGAGGAGGAUGAGGAGGCAGAUGACUUUGAACUUGAUGAUGAAGAUGAAUGCUUUUCACCUGAGGAAGUGAACAAGGCUCCAGUGUUUGUUCCUGUAGGUCUUCGAUCUCCAAAACCUGUUCCUGUUCAGAUAGAGGAAACCAUGGAGGAGCUCGAAAUAUCUGUGAAUGUACCGGAUAUGCAGAUGGCUACUGAUGUUGAAAGUCUUUCUCAUGCAUCUGUCCAACCCGUAGUACAGAGGGAAGAAAGAGAAACUACCAUACGCGAAAAUCCAGAUGUGGACAAAGGAGUUAACGACGGAAGCACUGAAGCUGCUAUGACUUUACUUGCCAUGGGUGAUCCAAAUUUCCAGUUAAAAACAAGCCCUGAAGAACGGACACACACGUUACCUGCUCAAGGUGAGUUCGACGUGGGUAAUAGCCUUGUAACCUGUGCUUACUCCAAAGAAAAUAGAACUUCUAGUCAGUAUUUACUUUCUUCAGACACUUCUACCAAGGAAUUGCUGUCUUCUGAGGAUGGAAGCAACAUCAAUGUAGAGAAUCAAAGCACUGGCACAAGAAUUGGCAUAGAAGAAUAUUUGGAGAAGGAUGCUCCUGACACCAGCUCUUUGCCUGUGGUGAAUAGUAUGGAACUGACAGGAGACAGACUCCUGCAGCCUGAGCCAACCUUUGGAGUAUUGAGGUCCAGUGAAAACAUAACACAGAAGUUACUUAACACAAAUGUACUUGUGGAACAACUAGAGCAAAUUCAAACUGAUCCUACAACCGUGAGGGAUACUGCAGAAAUGCAGAAGGUGGAACUAGAACAGAUCAGACCAGCUGCAGAUGAUUCUUCAGUUCUUCAUGAUUUUGCAACUCAGAGUAUGGAACUUAUCAAGCAAGUAGACAAAACUGAGAGAGCAGAAAAACAGAUGAGAGGUGCUUGUGGAAAUUCAGGAUAUGUAAGACCUGUAACUGCAUCCCCAAAAUCUGAAAAAUCACACCUUGAACUAGAGGACUGUCCAAGUCAAAGUUCUGUGGAUGAAGUUCCUGAGCAAAAUCCUUGUCCUCUUGAGCGCAAUAUAUGCACAAUCAACUUUACUCAGAAUGAAGCUUGCACUGAGGAUGCUCAACGACAGUGCGUAAGCAGCACAGAAGAAACUUCAGUAGUGAACGAUGACCGCAGAUGUCCAGAGGAGGAACAGACAUUCGUUUUAACAUUGGUGGAAAUCCCAGUUGACUCAGAAGAGUUUGAUGCAUCUGUUGUACUGGAACAAACUGCAGAACCAUUACUACCAGCCCCAAUACUUAUCAGUCCAAUAAAUGCAAGUGAAACAACUGUGACUGAAGUGGAAAGCAUUGGAUCCAUGACAGCUGCAGCUGGUGAAAUUGCUACACCUUUAAACAGCAGUAUGGAAACCAAACAACUAGACAGUGCAUCAGUAGACCCUGUUCCAAAGUUGCAGACAACUCGGAAACGAUCAGCUGCUGAGCUUGAAGAGAAUGAUUUCCCUACUGCCAAGAAAACUCUGUCUACUGUUGCAGUGAAAGAUAGCUUGAAAACCUCUUGUAAGGGUUAUUCAAUUAAAUCCAAAGAUGCACCAAUGAUACCUUCUGGGAAUCCUUUUCGAAAAACAGAGCCUUCAGCAAAGGAGAAAGUACUUACCUCUGCGUUGGUGUCUGAGUCUAUGUCACAACUCACUAAGAGAAGCCAACCUGAGACUUUGGAGAACUUAAGGAAAGCACCACUUGAAAAUUUAGCAUCCAAACAGGAAGAGGAGGUGAUAUCUAGAUUAACCUCUAACAGAAUAGGAGAAAUAAGUGGACAAGGAAAGCAGGAGAGUGUGCAUGAAUCUGGACAGUUGGAAUAUACUGGAAGCCCAUCAUCUUCAAAAACUCCAAUACUCAGGGGUGGACGAAAACCAUUGGGAUUUUUAUCUUUAAUUUGCAAAAAAAGUAGUUCUGAAUCUGCAGAAGAUACCAAAGGAAAUAGAGGGAAGAUCCAAAAGCCUCAAACUGUGACUCCAAAGCGAAGUUUAAAGAAACCCACUCCCUCCACUAAGUGUGAUAGGGAAACUUGUUCCCUUCCCUCUACAUCUGUGGAAUAUGAGCAUGUAGCUGCUGAUGCUGCAGUUAUGGUUCCAAGUAACAACUCAUCUGAGAAGGCACCUCUUUGUGCUAAAGAUCAAGAGAAGGAAGAAGAACCAACCAGAAUCUCUGAGUAUUUUUUCAGUGACAUCUUUAUGGAAGUGGAUGAUUCAGAAUAGCAAAUAGGUUUUAUAAAAACCUAGGAUUACAGGAUAUACUGCAACAAGAAAAGAGGAUUUUUUUUUUGUUCUGACAUUUGUUAUGCCACACUUACUAUCAGCCAAUAAUUCUGUUGUUAGUUAAUACCAUAAAGAUGAAAUGGAUUCCUUCUGAAGCAACCUGGAUACUUUCAAAAUGUUGACAUAAUCUAAACCACUACAAUGAUGUCAUUGGACCAGACUAGAGACUGCUGACCUGUAGUUCUACUUGUUUAGAUGCUGGCAUGACUGCCUUGCAGGAAAGUGCAAUGAAAUAAUGUUUAAUCUUGUAACAAAUAUCCCUUUGCAUUUUAAUGCUAAAGCUAUUGGUACUGGCUAUACAAAUUCUUUACUUCUUUUUGUGAAGUAUGUUAUGUUAGGAGGAAUGAACCUUUUAAGUAGAGUGUAAUCUCUGAAGAUCAGAAUGCAAAUACUGGAAGUAGUGUAGUAAAUACGUAGAUAUGUUAAGCACCGCAGGUAUUUUUAUUAGAAUCUCCAAAUUAUGUAUUUUUUUUAACAGUUUUUAAUUACAUAAAUUAAAAGAUCCCAACCUGAAAAGCCGAGGGGGAUUGGUUCCUUUAAAAUGUAUUGAAAACUAGACAACACCAUUUACUAAAACACAUUAGCACAAGGUAAUCUUUGCAAUGUUCAUCACUGGGAGGAAGAGAUUGAUGUUCCCUAGUAUAAGUGCUAAUUUUCUUCUAAAUUGGAAAACAAAGUGAUCGAUACCAUUUCUUUUUCUUGGUUUUACAUGUAAGUGUUUGUAUAUUUGCUGACUUCCUCGGUUUCCCUUGUGCAAAGAAGCACAAAGAGAUUGGAUUUAAACCAUGACUGUACAAUGCCGUCGUUUUGAGGAUUUGCUGCUUUGAAGCACUUCAAUUUGAAGGGUUUUCUCAUGUUGCAUGUCUACUUGUACUGUAACUUGCUAUGAAAUUCCAGUGUAGCUUCAGGUUUUUUACUUACCUCAUCAAGAUGAUGAGGUAAUGAGGUUUAUACAGUGUCAAAGUGUCAGGUGGUCACUGACAGAUUCAGUAUUUACUUGGAAACUCCUGCUUGCAUAGGAAUGAGUGUUUAGAUUUGAAUAGUCUAAAUUUUUCUCCUGUUACUUAAUAGUAGCAGGUACUUUCGCAAAAUAAAUUAUUUAUUAUGAAUGUGAAACUGAAAUCUGUUAUCAGCUUUUAACUGGGUAAUUUUUUACUGGCAGGUAAAUAAUAUAAGUAUGCAGUUAAUUCUGAAGGACUUGAGUAAGUUCGAGAAUGUUUGUCUUUUCAGAAGUUAUUUAAAAUUUUGUCAGUGAGGAAAAAUAUAAAAGCUACUGUUACUGCAAAUUGAUGUAUUAGCAGGCCUCUGUCAAUGAAAUGUCACUGUCAGCAGUAUUCCUUGAGGUGAUAGAAAAGGGACUAAUGAUCCCAGUGUGAAGUAACUUAUUUGAAAGCUUAUGAUCAACCCACCUCACCCCCCCAAAAAACCCCUCCAAUAGCACCAACAGUUUCUGUUCAGAUGGUAUCUUGUACUUUGCCUAAUCCAUUUAACUUGAAAUGUUUAUCUAAAUAGUCUUACUGUACAUUAUAAAAUAGAUUUAUGUAUACAUAAAACUAUGUAUUGUAUAUCUUGUAGAUAUUAUUUUAAGUAUGCAAGUGUUUACUUAUUUCCUGAUACAUGUGGCAUGUUUAUAUCACUUGCACUCAUAAAGCCUAAAAAUAGAAUUGUGGGGAGUAUCUAUGAAACAGUUGCUGUGAGUACCUUCUGAGUGAGUACUGAGGGGAUAAUCAUUCUACAUUUAGUUGCAUACAUUUUAGCUUGCAUUCAGAUUACAAGGUGGGGAAAAAAUCAACUAUUUCAUUACUAAGAUUUAUGGUGCCUUAUCUGAAUUGUUAAUUGGGGUUAUGCUUUCUCUUUCCUUGCAGUAAAUUCCAUGCACUUUGUUAGAUUUUUUUUUUAAAGAACAAUUUUAAUUUGAAUAGACGUAGGUCAGUUUUUUGUGUUCUGUUUUGUGUAUGAAAGUUCUAUAAUGAUGAAGGAUGUAAGAAAAUAUUGCUGAAAUCUCAAUGCCUCUGAGUAGCAUUUUUACAAAGAUGUGGCAUAAGACUGCUUUGCUUAGAGUUGUCUGACACCCUGUAUCAUUGCAUAUGAGCUUUCUAUUUCAAGGAAAGUACUUCUAUUCUCUGUGUAAAUUAUGUGAAUAAACUAUUUU